AUGUUCCAAAUAUCAUCAUCACUAUGGAAAUCGAGGAUACACUUCUUUUCCGUAUACAUUAGUGCUACAAUAUUAGGUACUUUCACAAGAGAAGGUAUUACCCAACUAUCUAAUUAUAGUUACUCAUAUGUCGCUGCAUCAAGUGUCAUUUGGAGUAAUUUUGUGGCAUGUAUGAUCAUGGGUAUCUGUCAAGGUUUAAAUGAUAAACAGUACGCCUGGUUCUCAGGUGACAUGUCAGACUUAUUUGUUGCAUUGACAACUGGUUACUGUGGUUCUGUUUCUUCAUUCUCAACAAUGAUGAUCGAAAUCUUUGAACACUCUGCUAGUUUGACAACGUCAAAUAUAAAGAACAGUACAAAACUUCCAAACAGAGCAUAUGGUAUUAUGGAGUUUUUAUCUGUUGUGAUCUUACAGUUAUUUGUUUCCAUGUCUAGUCUAAUAUUUGGUAGAAAGCUGGCUUCUGAUGUCUUAGUGUACUACUGUUCCACUAGCAAAUUAAUCCCUGUCCAAGAUUCAGAUACAGAUGAGUCACAAUCGUCUCCAAAUCAUAAAUUUGAAUCAAAACCAAAAAUGACGGAAACUUUUCCUCCCAAUAAAUUGAUGAGUGGACUUUUAAGAUUAUUAGAUACUCUAUUAUACAUUUUAGCAAUUCCCCUAAUUGCUUUGCUUAUUGUGCUAGUUUGUGUAUACAAUAAUUACGCAAGAGCUAGAUACACUUUAGGUCCAUUAUUUGGUAUAUUUGGCUCGCUUCUAAGAUUUUACCUAUCACUUUAUGCUAACCCACUGAGUAAAACUUUCCCAAUUGGUACUUUCAUUGCAAAUAUUUUUGCUACAUUAGUUUUAUCGAUAAUUACGCUUGUAACACAUGGUAAACAACAUUUCCACUCUGCCAUUCCUGUGGCUCAUUCAAAGACAGCUUGCCGUGUAGCAACAGCCCUAGGGACUGGGUUUUGUGGUUGCUUAAGUACAAUCAGUACCUUCAUCAAUGAAGCUUACAAAUUGCCAUUCCGCUCAAUGCUAGUAUACUAUUUUGUAAGCAUAUUUGUAGGAUACUGCAUUGUUGUAAUUACUUUAGGCUCCUACGCCUGGACGAGAGGUCUAACCAAUUCUGUAUGCUAA